AUGAACAACUCUGGAAGCAGUUGUGGAAGCCCUAGUUCUGUGGAUAUAUCUAAUGACUUUAAGGAACUUUGGGCAAAACUAAAGGAGUACCAUGAUAAAGAAGUUCAAGGUUUACAAGUAAAAGUAACCAAACUGAAAAAGGAACGCAUUUUAGAUGCACAAAGACUGGAAGAAUUCUUCACCAAAAACCAACAACUGAGAGAGCAACAGAAGGUCCUUCAUGAAACCAUUAAAGUUUUAGAAGAUCGGUUAAGAGCAGGAUUAUGUGAUCGUUGUGCGGUAACUGAAGAACAUAUGCGGAAAAAACAGCAAGAGUUCGAAAAUAUCCGGCAGCAGAAUCUUAAACUUAUCACAGAGCUUAUGAAUGAAAAGAAUACUCUACAGGAGGAAAAUAAGAAGCUUUCUAAACAACUGCAGCAGAGAAUUGAGAAUGAUCAACAGCAUCAAGCGACUGAACUUGAAUCUGAGGAAAAUGUUAUUCCAGAUUCACCGAUAACAGCUUUUUCAUUUUCUGGAGUUAACCGGCUACGAAGAAAGGAGAACCUCCAUGUCCGAUACGUAGAACAAGCACAUACUAAAUUGGAGCCCUCUGCAUGUACAGAUGAAUUGAGGAAAGAUCCAAAAUCUUCAACUCAUCCACAACAUAACACUAACGAAAAGGAGAUUCUGGUGGCUGACACUUGUAAUCAGAGUCAAUCUUCCAUGGCUAAAACACAUGGAAUAAGCAGUUACUCCACUGAUAAGUCAUCUUUUAAUUUAGCUGCAGUUGUUGCUGAAACACUUGAAGUUAGUGUUCAAGAAGAAUCCGAAUCUCAAGGUCCUAAGAGUCCUCUUGGUGAUGACCUGUCCCUCUGUCUGGAAGGAGAUCACAAGAAACAACCUUUUGAGGAAUCCACAAGAAAUAGUGGAGAUGGUUUAAGAUUUUCAGAUUCUACUUCAAAGACUUCUCUGCAAGAAGAAUUGACUACUCGGGUAUCAUCUCCUGUAUUUGGAGCCACCUCUAAUGUGAAAAAUAGUUUACGUUUGAAUACAAGUUUGUCUCCUUCUCUUCUAGAGACUGGGAAAAAAAAACAUCUGAAAAUAGCCCCUUUCAGCAACACAUCUAAUUCUAAAACAGAGAAAACUAGAUCAAAAUCUGAAGAUAGUGGCCUUUUCCCACAUCAGAAUCUUGAGUCUAAAGUGAACAUGGUCGUUACCCAUUCAUGUUCUAACAAAGAGAUGCUGGUGUAUAAAAAUACAAGUGACUCUUUAGGUGCACAGAAUAGUGAAGAUCAUGUAGGAGAUGCCAUGAUUGAUAAACAUUUAGUGCCUCUGAAACCACUGGGAAGCAGAACAUCCAAAAGGAAGAAAACUGAAGAAGAAAGCGAACAUGAAAUAAACUGCCCUCAAGCUUUUGAUAAAGAAAAUGCUUUUCCUUUUCCAGUGGAUGGUGAGUUUUCCACUAAUGGGGACUAUAUGAUGGAUAAACCUCUAGAUCUGUCUGAUCGGUUUUCUGCUAUUCAAUGUCAAGAAAAAAGCCAAGGAAGUGAGGUCUCUAAAAACAGAUUUAGGCAAGCGACUCUUUAUGAAGCUUUGAAGCCCAUUCCAAAGAGUUCUUCCUCAAGUCGUAAUGCCUUGAAUGGGAGCUGUGUGCUAGCCAGAGAUUCACCAGAGGAUCCCUGUUUACAGGAAUGCGUUCUCCAGUCGUUAAGUAAAUCCUCUCCAGAUAAUAAAACACCAUUACAGAUAAAAGAAGAAAACCCUGUCUUUAAAAUCCCUUUACAUCCACAUGAAAGUUUGGAGACAGAGAAUCUUUUUGAUGAUGUGAAGGGUGCUACUUCUCAUGAGCCAAUAAAAAUGAAAACCAGGUCAGCCCAUGGAGCAUGUGAACUUACAUCAGUCCUUCAGUUAAAUCCAUGUAGAAUUGCCAAGACAAAGUCUCUACAAAACAACCAAGAUAUAUCCUUUGAAAAUAUCCAGUGGAGUAUAGAUCCAGGAGCAGAUCUUUCUCAGUAUAAAAUGGAUAUUACGGUAAUAGAUACAAAGAAGAACAGCAAUCAGUCAAGAUUAGGAGGAGGAGAGACAGUGGACAUGGACUGUACAUUGGUUAGUGAAACUAUGCUUUUAAAAAUGAAGAAGCAAGAGCAGAAGGAAGAUAAAAGUCCAAAUGGAGAAAGAAGAAUGAAUGAUAGCUUGGAAGACAUGUUUGAUCAGACAACACAUGAAGAAUAUGAAUCCUGUUUGGCAGAUAAUUUCCCUCAAGUAGUAGAUGAAGAGGAAGAAUUGUCAGCUACAAAGAAACCAAGCAGUAAUGGUGAUAAACAUGAUAAAAUCAAACAGAAAGCAUUUGUGGAACCAUAUUUUAAGGAUGAUACAAGGGAGACUAGCUUACAAAAUUUUCCUCAUAUUGAGGUGGUUCGGAAAAAAGAAGAGAGAAAAAAGUUGCUUGGACACACAUGUAAGGAAUGUGAAAUCUAUUAUGCAGAUAUCCCAGCAGAAGAAAGAGUAAAGAAGUUGGCUUCCUGCUCAAGACACCGAUUCCGCUAUAUUCCUCCCAACACACCAGAGAAUUUCUGGGAAGUUGGUUUUCCUUCUACUCAAACUUGUAUGGAAAGAGGUUACAUUAAGGAAGAUGUUGAUCCCUGUCCUCGUCCAAAAAGACGCCAGCCUUACAAUGCAAUGUUUUCUCCAAAAGGAAAGGAGCAGAAGACAUAG